AUGGAUACCCUGGAUAUUUAUUAUGGCGAUAACUUUUCGUCACAGACACCGGAGGAGUACCCACAUAAUCCACCUGCUUGUCGCUUUUCCCGUAGCAGUGAGCAGGUGCCUUUGCCCUUGCCCACAUAUGCCCCGUUCGAGGACAGAGGGAAAGGAGACUUGGUACCCUACGACCUGCCACCUUGCCAGCACGGCAUUUCCGAGCAAACACACGGGUACCUGGCAGAGAAGGAGCGAGUUGAGGAUAACUACCAGCAGAUCCCCCGGCGAGAUCAACCUACUGAACCCGGUGGACAGUUCGCUUACCCAUGGAUGAGGAGCUCCAGAUCCCAUCCACAUCAUUCACCUUUACAGGGAGGUUACUCCGAUGACCCCGACGAACACAAGCGAAGUAGAACAGCCUACAGUCGUGCUCAGCUUUUGGAACUGGAGAAGGAGUUCCUUUUCAAUAAAUACAUCUCGCGACCCCGCAGGUACGAACUGGCUACCACACUAAACCUCACUGAGCGGCACAUCAAAAUUUGGUUCCAGAACCGUCGGAUGAAAUGGAAAAAAGAGGAGACAAAGAAACGAGACCCGGAAACCAGGGCCCCGGACCAGAAGCAAGAACAAACUGCAUCUACUAGUUAA